AUGAAGUUUGGAAAACGGUUUCAGGAGGAGAUGGUGGAGCAAUGGCGGGAGUCGUACGUUAACUACAAGGCACUGAAGCAACUCAUUUACCACUCGGAGUUGAGUGGCGUUGAAUUUAGCCGUGAUUUUUUUGCCAUGGUCACAGAAGAGUUGGAGAAGGCAGAGGGAUUGUUUCAGGACCUACUGGAUGAGCUACAGCAAAGUCAUGAUGAGUUACUUGAGCAGGAUCCGGACCUGCCCGUUAUGAACCCAAUACGUACUUUGCGCUUUUAUCGGAAGCGUUUACACCGGGACACACGAUCCACCAAUGGGAGUGGGGAUUCGGAGGUUUUUGAUAGCUCCAGGGCCAGUUCCACGGUGGAUCCCGAGCCGGGCAGAAGAGGAUGCAUUCCCUCUGUCGUCAAGAGCCUUUUCCUGCUGAUCAUCGGGGAUUCCCAUAAGCGGGCGUUUGACGAGCACGCCCCAAGGGCCAAGUUUGCGGAGUGGCAUUCGAGUGCUCACAAACUGCAACACUUUGCGGAGUUAAACUUGGAGGCCGUACGUAAGGCGGCAAAGAAACUCAAGAAACAUCGACGUCGUGAAGGGGAUUUCACAAUUGCCAUUGAAGCCGAAAUCAAUCGCUCCCGUCUUGUGACGCUUAUGCCUCGGCUGCGCUCUCUGAUGGCGGAUAUAGACUCAGAUUAUGAACGCAAGUUUGGAGAUUCACUGGAUCAGUAUAAAAAUGUGGCAAUGCAGCAGGCGUAUCAUGCGAAGUGGCAAUUUGUGUUUCUUUCGGCUGCUUUGUUUUGUCUCCUAAUGUUUUCUCCCAUCUUAUCGGAACACCCACCGGCACACAACUGUGUGGCUCU